GAGGAGGAGUUUGCACAGAACUUUGAGAAAGAGGAACAACUGCAGCAUUUUUCAUGUGGCCUUUCAACAAGUUGAAACACUGAACGAUAAAGUGCGGAGGUGCUGCUUUUGAUUAAAAAAAACUCACCAUUAUUAUGGAAAUCCCUGCAAUAAACUUAAAGGCGAUAGUGCUGGCACACUGGUUGCUCACUGUGUGGGGCAGCAUGAUCUACCUUCCCUCAUCUUAUGCAUGGGGGAACUUCACUGUUUUAGCAGUUGGAGUGUGGGCGAUUGCACAGAGGGACUCCAUUGAUGCUGUUCUCAUGUUUCUUAUGGGAAUGGCUGUCACCAUACUGACCGACAUUGUCCAUUUUGGGAUCUUUUAUCCACUGCAUCCGCUUGUGGCCGCAGGGAGCUUUUCCGCAGGCAUGGCUAUCCUCAACCUGCUGCUUAAACCUGUUUCUUGUUUCUUUGUCUACCAAAUGUACCGUGAACGAGGAGGAGAUUACAACAUCAACUUUGGUUUUCCUUCUGUAUCCCGAAAUAGAGAUGCCUAUCAGUCCAUCGACCAGCAGGAUGAAUCUUCAAGUCCAACAAAUUCCUUCAACCAGGCUAAGGACACCAAACCAGGAGUCAGCACUUACUGAGAAAAGUACAUAAUUAAAAAUGUAGUCUGUUUUUGUUUCUCACUUUUUAUAUGCAGAGUUGUAAAGUCCUUUAAAAUCAAUUUAAAAUAGCAUUGCAGGGUCACUCAGCUAAGCCAAUUGAAAUAAUCUGGGUUGUAUAGUGAAAUAUGCCAGUUACAUUUUAAGUUGAGGUUCUGAAAGAUUUCUGCUUCAGUGCCACAGAAGAAUAUAAUCAGAUGACAAGCCAUGGUUUACAGUAAUGCCUAGAAGCAGGUCUCUGAUUCUUUUAGCAGAACAGUGUUGGAUAAAUAAGUAAGUUUUUGACUUGCAGUCAAAACUUUUCUGAAGCUUGAAAACAUGUCAAAAACAAAAAAUAUAUAGGUUUACAGACACUUCUUUGGCUUUUUAAAAAGAUAUACAUUCAAGACUUGAUACCCAAUACUGAAUUGAAAUACGUUUUCAUAUAGAUGAGUAAGAUAUUAGUUUAUUCACAGAUGAGUACAGUUUUGUGUAUGUUUAGUUAAUAAGAAAACACACCAUUAUGUCUACUGUAAAAAUGACAAAAUAUCGUUGGUAUGAUGGUUCUAACACAAUUAUUCAUUUUAAACACCAAGCUGACUCAGUAACAGUCUCGUUGAUCUUUCACUUAUUCCCUUAAAAGUGAAGGGUUUCUAACCUGCUUUCAAAAUACUGUCAUGAAACGGCGCUUCAUCUUAGAAUACCAAUUACUUGCAGACCACAUACUGUGGAGUAUCUCAUACAUCCUGAUGGGUUAUGUGAAUUUCCCCACAAAUAAUAAAUGCUGUCAUAUAGACUCAUGCGCAAGGAAAAAAAAAAUUUCUCAUUAAAAGAGUGUUUUAUGCACUGUGGAUUGCUUUUUUUCAGUUUUCAUAUCUGUCAGAGGUUUUCCGGUUGUAAACCUGACGUAUGCCUCAGAAUGGGGACGUUGUAACUCUGCUGAUCAUGUUUUAGGUGUGUGAAACUGUCAGUCCUCAGCUAAACUGGGUCAAACCUUUUUAACAUAUUUGUAUACAGUAACUGCAGUAUGUGUGAACAUACAUUUUAUCACAACAUUUCAACCAUAUUUAAGCACACAAAUAUUUAACUCACUAUAUGCAGUUUUUACCCCAUGCAGUGCUGUGAAAAAAUGUUGACAAUUUCUUCUGUUUUACCUGUCACCUCUACAUGUUUUCAAUCAUGAAACAUUAUGUGAAAUAAAGUAAUGUAAUGUUAGGCAAUGACCUCAACUGAGGCAGAUGACUGCAGCACAUUCUUGGUUAUUUUUAUGCUGCAUCGGUGAGUAACUGAUGAACCCUGGGAGUAACUUUAGUAGAGCAGUCAUGAGGGAAAAGUUCAACACUGUUCCUGUUUUCUCAAUUUGUAGAUCAUUGCUUUUGAUGUGGUUUGCUUCGUGAAACCUUAAAAAUGGUUUUAUUACCAGACAGAUGGAUGUCAGCAAUAUUGUUUGAAAUCUUUAGGCCUACUUCAGGUUUUUAUACAAUUUGAACCACGUUUAUUUGGAUACUAUUUUCCUUAAAUGGAAUUAUAUAAUAUUCAAGUGAUGCUAUGAGAGAAAAACAGAAGAAAUCUUUAAGGCACUAGUGCAUUUUACAACAUGGCAAUGUUAAGUCUGCAAUUUACAGAGCAAUCUGAACAAAAUGUACCUGCUGGAUUCUUUAACAUUUUGUUUUGUAACACAAUGUUAAUUUAUUGCAUGAUUGUUUUUUAUCUGUAUCUGUGCUCUGACUGAAUAUUUUGCUUAAUAUUGAUCAUAUUGUUUUUGUUAGUUUAUUUUGAUUUCUCAAAAUAAAACAAUUUAGCCAUUUUCAUUUAAAAGAUAAAUAAAGUACGAUAUGUAUUGUUUCAAAUGAAUUUUCAGCUGCUGUGAUUUAGAUCUCGGUUUGGAGUUUAGUCACAGUUGGCAUUUUCUGACUGAAGCGAGUUACAUCUUGGCAAAUGCUUGACUCGUCUUUUUUUUCCUUUGUCGCAUUUCUGUUUCCUCUCACCCUGCUGCUCUCAGAAACCUUUUUGUUGUUUGCCUUUUUAUUUAUACUGCCAGACAGCACAUUUAUCGGUGUGUUUUUGUUGUGGUAAAUGCUUUUCACACUCUUUUGUGUCUCCUACGAGAACUAGAACACCUUCACUCUGAAGUCAUUUUCUUUUCAAAGCUAUUCUGAAGCUCACACAGCUGGCAUAGAAAUAAUGGUGAUACUGAAGGGAAUUAUAAGAAGCAUGAAUUUAUUGUUCACAGAAUUUGAAUGUGAAAAUUUGACCAAUGAUGUAACUUCACAUUCAUCACACCUCUAAAAAAAACAGUAAGAAUUCCUCAAUGGAUUACAAGAUUCGGUGUCCGUCGACUGUAACGCUACCCUAAAGAUUUUUCUUCUUGAUUUUCUGCAUUAGGUUUAGAAACUCUCUGGGUUUAUGGGUAAGAAUAUUGUCACCUGUUUGUAAAUUGCUCUGCCUUGUAGGCCUCUUGGGAAAACUUGAAUGGAGGACAAGGAUAUUGAGUGCCAGUCCUCAAAAGCUCUAUAAGUAACAAAUGCGCGCUUUGCUCUCCUUGUGUUUUACACUUACUAACUCACCUGCAUAAGAGUAAAGCUACAAAAUGUCCUCAAAUGUCAAAAAUGUGCAAAAGGAAAAUAGGAGUUUAGUCUCGUUUAGCUUAGUUGCUUAUUAAUAACAGCCUUCAGUCUUCAUCUAAAAUUGACUCUGGUAUCCAUUAUGUACCUCUUCACUGUAGUUCAUAUGUUUUAUGGUUUGAAUCAGGUGAGGUGAAACUGGAUUAUUGGAAAACAUACAUUUUUCAUUAUUUAUUUUAUCGAGAUGUAACUAAUAUUCCCAUCAUAGCCAGAAUAUUCUACAAGCAUCAAUAAAUGUAACAGUAGAUG